AGGGCCUAUUUGGAAGAUCCUGAUGUAGAGAGAUCUCCGCCGGGCGAGAUCCACCCCAUGGCACGGCUGGGCGAUGUUUCUACCUACGAGAAAGUUUCACGUCAAGCAGAGGACACCGUUGCCGGAAGCGUUCGUAUUACAAUCCCAAGGCAAUCCAUUGCCUCGAACCAACACGGAAAUGUAUUGGCCUCACAAACGGGACACGUUGCCCGCCGGGCAGGAGUAUGCCGCGAGAGCCAGCAGCGGGUACAGUGCCAACGAAGCAGCGGAAAUGCCCGCGUUGUCAUCUCUGAUGGUUAAAAGACCGUGGCGAUAUCGGCGAGUUGAGCGACAUAGGCGAGUACGGUCGCCUAGGCAGAGCGGCCUCUUCCUGACUCACGGAAUUACAGCGGCUGACACAAUAAACUUGACUUCUGAAGC